CUAAUUCUCAGUGCUCAACUGAAUCCAUCAAUGGCUGCCACCAUUCCUCUGUUUCAGUUUGUCCCCACCAAAACAUUCCAAACAAAGCUCCAAACGAAUAGACUACUCAGACCCACAAAGCAGAGAGGAAAUAUUGGGUUCUCAGUUAUUACUUGCUCUUCAAAUGGAAGAGGGCCUGAUUCUGUGAAGAGUGUGGAGCAGUUGGCUGAAGAGAAAAAGCGAGCUGAGCUGUCUGCUCGAAUUGCCUCAGGAGAGUUCACUGUGAACAAAACUGGUUAUCCAUCUGAAUUGAAGAACGGUUUGUUGAAGUUGGGUGUUCCUAGGGAGGUUCUAGACUUUUUAUUCAAUUGGGGAGACAUGCAACAACCGCGUCUGAAAAUUCCAGAGGCGAAAGGAUCAGUUAGUGCUGUUCAGAAUGAGGCCUUUUUCAUUCCCCUAUAUGAGCUUUACCUCACAUAUGGUGGAAUUUUCAGGCUGACCUUUGGACCAAAGUCCUUUUUGAUUGUAUCUGAUCCUGCCAUUGCCAAACAUAUAUUAAGAGAUAAUGCAAAGGCUUAUUCAAAGGGAAUCUUGGCUGAAAUUCUAGAAUUUGUCAUGGGUAAAGGACUCAUCCCAGCAGAUGGUGAAAUAUGGCGUGUUCGACGACGUGCUAUUGUCCCUGCAUUGCAUCUGAAGUAUGUAACAGCUAUGAUUAACCUCUUUGGACAAGCUACAGAGAGGCUUUGCCAAAAGCUCGACACUGCUGCAUCUGAUGGGGAAGAUGUAGAGAUGGAGUCACUUUUCUCUCGUUUGACACUGGACAUCAUUGGCAAGGCACUUUUUAAUUAUGACUUUGAUUCAUUAACCAAUGACACUGGGAUAGUUGAGGCUGUUUACACUGUCUUGAGAGAAGCAGAAGAUCGCAGUGUGGCACCAAUACCAUUCUGGGAGAUUCCAAUAUGGAAAGACAUUUCACCACGACAAAAAAAGGUGGCAAAAGCGCUGAAAUUAAUCAAUGUUACGUUGGAUGAUCUGAUUGCAAUUUGCAAGAGGAUGGUAGACGAAGAAGAACUACAGUUUCAUGAGGAGUACAUGAAUGAACAAGAUCCUAGUAUUCUCCAUUUCCUUUUGGCAUCAGGGGAUGAUGUUUCUAGCAAGCAACUCCGUGAUGACUUGAUGACAAUGCUUAUAGCUGGGCAUGAAACAUCAGCUGCAGUUUUAACAUGGACCUUCUAUCUUCUUUCGAAGGAGCCAAGGGUCAUGUCAAAGCUGCAAGAGGAGGUUGACUCUGUUCUAGGGGAUAGAAUCCCAACCAUUGAAGACAUGAAGAAACUAAAGUAUGCAACUCGAGUGAUCAACGAAUCCUUGAGGCUAUACCCACAACCACCUGUGUUAAUCCGUCGCUCUCUUGAGGAUGACAGGCUGGGAGAAUACCCGAUAAAAAGGAAUGAGGAUAUUUUUAUUUCUGUCUGGAAUUUGCAUCGGAGUCCAACACUAUGGGAUGACGCAGAUAAGUUUAAGCCUGAAAGAUGGCCAUUAGAUGGACCCAAUCCAAAUGAGACGAACCAAAACUUCAGUUACUUGCCCUUUGGUGGAGGACCAAGGAAAUGUGUAGGUGACAUGUUUGCCACAUACGAGAAUGUGGUUGCACUUACAAUGCUUGUUCGAAGAUUUAACUUUCAAAUCGCACUUUGUGCUCCUGAGGUUAAGAUGACUACAGGAGCAACGAUUCACACUACAGAAGGGUUGAACAUGACAGUCACAAGAAGAAUAAAACCUCCCAUAGUGCCAACAUUGGAGGUGCCUGCAUUUGAUGCGGAUACAUCUGUUGGUGUUUCGAAAGGGGAUUCUUUAGUCGGUCAAAAAGGUGUAUAAAGUAAUCUGUAAAUCCAAGAGCUAUGGCCAGAUGAAAGUGUGUAGAUGCAGUCUUGCCAAAAAGGAAAGGGAUCGAAAACUACAAAAGAAAUAUGCAACUUUGUAUAGUGCAACAGUGACUGUAUUUGCAGCUAUCUCAAGUCAUCAAUAAUUAAGAUGAGAGGAUUGAGAGAGCACAAU